CCUCGGCCUCCAACACCGCCAAUCUCCUGCAGCGGAGACCCAAUGCUCGACACACAGGCUGUGAUCAGGAGCCACCUGAUUCUAUAUCCUACUCUCAACAUGUCGUCCGACAAAAAACCCCAUAUAUCGCCCAACAGCUUCCUCCACGCGUUCUCCACCGCUCCAUCUGAACCGUCGGAGGCCCCUCUGAUCGUCUACUUCAUCACAGGAAAUCCAGGGCUGAUCGGCUACUAUCAUACAUUUCUCUCCCUUUUAUCGGAGAAGACCAAAUCAUCAUUCAUAGGCCAGGACAAGGAGCGAUCAUUCCAGAUCUACGGGCACAGUCUCGCCGGAUUCGAGCUGCCCGAGCCAGAGCAGAAGGAACAAAAGCCCGAGUCCGAACCACACUACUAUGACCUGGAAGAGCAGAUUCGCUUCGCCCAAAGCAAAAUCCACGACUUCGCAGUUGACAGAACAAAUGGCAUCGAUCAUCUAUCACCCCCAUCCGACACGGCGCCACCCACCCGCCCCAAGGUCAUCCUCAUCGGCCAUUCCGUAGGCGCUUACAUCGCCAUGGAGGUCCUAAGACGGCACCGCGAGGGCUCAAAAAGUGAUUUCCCAGUCGACUUCGAUGUCAUUGGAGGAGCCAUGCUCUUCCCAACCAUCGUGGAUAUCGCGAAGUCUCCUUCCGGGCAGAAGUUGACCAAGCUGCUCUCAAUCAUUCCUCAACUUGCCCUAGUCGCUGGCAUUUUCGUUCGCAUCCUUACAGCUCUAGUCCCUGCCUCUAUUCUGCGGUCAUUGAUUAGGAUUUACAUGCCAUCGGCACCGGAUACGAUGGUGGAUACUACGGCUGGAUUCCUCAAGAGCAAGCGAGGGGUGCAGCAGGCAUUGCACAUGGCGGCUGACGAGAUGCAAACAAUCACCAUGGAUAAAUGGAGUGACGAUGUCUGGGGUAUCUCGACUAGUCAAGAACCCACGUCGCGAUUGUUUUUCUAUUUCGGGCGCAACGACCACUGGGUCGCGGAGCGCACGAGGGACGAGAUCAUCGAAGUCCGAGGCCAAGUGCCGGGAGGGCCGAAGAUGAUUGUUUGUGAGGAUGGAGUGCCUCAUGCGUUUUGUCUGAGACACAGCGAUUUCAUGGCGAGCAAAGUCGCAGAUAUUAUUAUGGAUAUAGCCAGGGAUUGAGAUUCGGAGAUACUUGUGCGCCUUGGGUUUAUAGACUGACCGCCUACAUAGACUAAUACUUGAUAUAUCAUCGACACAAGUGAACGAUUCCCUUCAGUAUGUAAUUCACAAUCGUUACUGCUGCUUCAA